AUGGCCGAUAUCCCGAAUGAAUUAGCAAAGAAGGGUUUGGAGAAAUUGAUGGACUGGGCAAUUGGAGAAGCACGAUAUAUAUGCUGCUUCACAUCCAUUGUUGCGGACUGUGAAAAGGAAAAAGAAAUAUUGGAAGCAAAAGUUAAGGCUGUGGGGCAACGUGUUGAUCAACUCAAAAGAAGCUCACAAGAUACUCCAGCUGAUGUCACUUCUUGGGACAAGCGAGCUGAUAAGCUCAUUCAAGAGGACACAAAAACAAAAAAGACAUGUUUUUUUGGAUGGUGUCCUAAUUGCAUAUGGCGAUAUAAUAGGGGAAAAGAACUGGCCAAUAAAACAGAGGAUGCUAGAAGAAUCAAUCAAGAACUUGAAAACUUGAAUAUUACAGGACUCACUCCUCAUCUCCUGGGCGUUGAAUACCAUUCUUCCCAAGAUUACAUUUCUUUUAAAAGUAGAGAGUUGAUAUACAAUGAACUUUUGGAUGCACUGACAGAUGACAACUAUAUAACUGGAUUGCAAGGGAUGGGCGGCACUGGCAAAACAACAUUGGCAAGAAAAGUAGGUCAGGAACUCGAGCAAUCGAAACAAUUUGAUCAUGUCAUUGAUACUACAGUGUCAUAUACUCCUGACAUAAGAAAGAUUCAAGAUGAUAUUGCUGUACCCUUGGGAUUAGCAUCAGAAUUGAAGGAUAAGAGCGAAUCAGAGCGAUGCAAAUUACUGCGAAGCAGAUUAACCAAUGGUGAGAAAAUUCUUCUAAUAUUGGAUGACGUAUGGGAAAAUACUGUGGAGCAUAUCAAAUUUGAAAAAAUAGGGAUUCCAAAAAGCGAUGAUCACAAAGGUUGCAGAGUUCUUCUAACCACACGCGAUCUAAACGCAUGUCGCUCAUUGGGAUGUGAGAAGAUAAUUGAACUGCAGCUCUUACCAGAGGAUGAGGCAUGGACCCUGUUCGAAAAGCAUGCUCAUAUAAGCAGUAGUACACCUAAAAGUUUGAUGGAUAAGGGACAUGAAAUUGUCAAAGAAUGCAAAGGGUUACCAGUUGCAAUUGCUAUUAUUGCCAGUCGUUUAAAGGGCGAACAACGUCAGGUACAGUGGAAUGCAGCCUUAAUAUCCUUGCAAAAGCCCAUGCAUGGUGUUAAUAAAGAUUUGAAUGAAAUUUAUAAAUGUUUGUGGUAUAGCUAUGAUAAUAUGAAUAAUGAAGAAGCCAAGAGAUUGUUCCUCUUAUGUUCUGUUUUUCCAGAAGAUGAAGAACUUCCCACUGAAGUUUUAACUAGAUUUGGCAUAGGAGCGGGUCUUUUUGGGGAAGUUUAUGACAAAUAUGAUGAUGUUCGAAUCCAAGUAGCCGUUGCCAAAAAUGAACUCAUAGAUUCUUGUUUAUUGUUGAAGGCUGAGGGAGGACGUGUGAAAAUGCAUGACUUGGUUCGUGAAGUGGCUUUAUUAAAGGUUAACAAAGAGAUACGAGCAGUGAAUCUGUCUGGCAAACAUAAAAAAUCAUUGGUUGAAAGUGAGAAGGGUAUGAAAUAUUUGUUAUUGGAAGGAAACGAACAUGAUGUGUUUUCCUAUAGGUUUGAUGGUUCUGAACUUGAGAUUCUUAAAAUCAACUGUAUGGUUGAAGAAGACUCGAUGGAAAUGCCAAAUUCAUUCUUCGAAAAUAUGGCAAAGCUUCGAGUUUUGUAUUUAUCAUGUCAACAUUGGGGAAGGCCUCUAUCAUUGCUACAGUCAAUCGAGUCAUUGACGAAUAUUCGAUCUCUAUUCCUUGAAAGAUUGAGAUUAGGUGACAUCUCUAUUUUGGGAAAACUACGAAGCCUUGAGGCUCUUGAUUUGGUUUAUUGUGAAGUGGUCGAAUUGCCACGUGAAAUUGCAGAGCUAGAGAGACUUAGAUUGCUGAACUUGGAUGGCUGUGAAAUUGAAAUGGAUACUACAUUUGAUGUGAUUGAAAGAUGCUCAUCACUAGAAGAAUUGUAUUUCACUAAAUUCAAGGUUGACAGCUCAUCAAUUCAUAAGAAAAUAACCUUGCCUGCAUUGCAAAGGUAUCAUAUAAGAGAUGGGUAUGAUGAUGAAACAUACGAUUCAGUGUCAAAAUAUGUGUGUGCUUCAUAUAUUGAUACUUAUUUCUCUGAAGCAACAUUCAAGUAUCUGGUACAAACAACAGAGAUUCUUAAGCUAACAGGAAUUGAGGGGGAGUGGAGAAAUCUCAUACCUGAGAUUGUUCCGAUAGAUGACGGUAUGAAUUAUCUUGUGAAACUUCGUUUGGAAUCCUGGUCAAAAUUACAGUGUCUAAUUGACACUAGUCAUAUUAAUUUUUCGGAACAAAACUUCUUCUCCAAGUUGGCUGUACUAGAACUUGAUGAAAUGGAAAAUUUGGAAGAACUAAGCAAUGGUCCUCUUCCCUUUGACUUUCUGAAGAGUUUAGAGACGCUACUCAUCAAUGACUGUAAUGGUUUGGGAAGCAUAUUGUUAAAGAGCAAGCUAAACCUCUACAAUCUUAAGACCAUCAAAUUGUGGCAUUGCCCGAAAUUGGUAACCCUAUUUCAACUGCUGACUUCACAAAGUCUACUGCGAUUGGAGGAAUUAGAAAUAAUGGGCUGUGAGCAACUGGUAAACAUAAUAGCAGAUGAAAGAACAGGGGAGAACUUGGGAGAUGAAAUAGUUGGUGUUGAUAAUGGUAAUAAAAGAAGAAACAGUCACGCCCCAAUGUUUUCAAAUUUGAAAACUCUUUAUAUCUCAUACUGUCCCCUCUUGGAAUUUAUAAUUCCGGUCCUUUCUGCUCGAGACAUUCCUGCACUGGAAUCUAUCACUAUAGAAUAUUGUGAUGAGCUGAAAUACAUAUUUGGCAAAUACCAACAUGAAAAUGAAGAGCUGGAUUUGCAUCAAGAGGUAAAGGAUGUCGUACUUACUUCACUGGACAAAAUGGAGCUCACUGGCUUGCCAAAUUUCAUUGACAUUUUUCCAGAAUGUUAUCAUCCCAAGCGUUCAUCCCCGAAGAGGUCAUCUUCCAAGUCACAAAUGCAAUCAGACCCCAUGAAAUGCAAUAUCUUCCCUUGGACUCAUAAAUAUAGACACAAACUGAGGAGUACCACAAGUGCUCAAAUUCCAUUGGUUUCCAAGGAUCAACUGCAACACAGCUCAAUCUCAUCGGCAUCAAAUCACCUUUGGGAACGUGCUGAAUGUCUUUCAAAACAACCACAGAUGUUGCGCAAUAUUAAAGAGAUUGAUCUCUGGGAUCUUUCAAAGAUAGAAUCUGUGUUUAUCAUGUCUAAUGCCCCAACAAUGAUGUUGGAAACUUUGACAAUUGAGUAUUGUGAUAAUUUGAAGCACAUAAUAAUAGACACCGGAGAUGACCGUGGUGGCAAUAAUUGGGGCGAUGUGUUUCCGAAAUUGGAAAAAAUCUUGGUGAAACGUUGUGAGCUAUUGGAAUCUGUAUUUGGACACUAUCCUCAUGAUCAUCAAAACCAAAGUGAGAUUCACCUUCAGCUUCCAGCUUUGAAAUUUCUCAACUUUUUCAAGCUGCCAAAUUUAAUCGGCAUUUGUUCUAAAAACUACUCCACAUCGUUGCCACUUCUGACUGAGUUUACACUCGGCGAAUGCUCCCAGUUUAGCAUUAAAUCAUUUGGUGAUUUGUCCGUUCAUGAUUCAAGAGAAUUGGGUAGCACAACCAUCAAGGAUUUGAGUGGAAACGUGCGAUCUUUUCUCACUUUGGAAAAACCCAAGAUAUACAACUCCAAAGAAAUAAAUGAACAACAAAUGCAGUUACGAUUACAAAAAUUUCAGUUGGGUGAUCAGCCUCAGAUGACCUAUAUUUUUGUGGGUCCCAAAAAUUCUUGUACCCUCCAAAACCUUGAAGAGUUAACAAUUGCGCGAUGUGAAAAAUUGGAAGUAAUCUUUUCUGCUGCUAUUUUAAGAUACCUACCACAAUUGCAUAAACUAAUCAUAACAGAAUGCAAAGAAUUAAAGCAAAUCAUUGAAAAGGAUGUGGAAUAUCACAAAAUGUCCAAUUUUCUCUCUUCAAAGAUAGGCUUCCCAAAGCUAACAAUACUUGUGGUAAAUAAAUGCGACAAACUGAAAUGCAUCUUCCCUGUCUCCACAUCUAAAGAGUUUCCCAAGCUAGAGAAUGUGAUAAUAAAAGAAGCAUAUGAGCUAGAGCAAGUAUUCGAAUACGAACAAAGUGAUCAGAAAGUUGAGCUUCCAAAUCUGAAAUUUGCAGUAUUUGUCAAACUUCCAAGCCUCUACCAGAGGAUUGAAUUCGAGACUGCAAUAAGUCUUUUCAUACAGAGUUGUCCAAAACUCUCUUUGACUUCAACAACAACUAUCGACAAGGUUCAAAGGCUUACUAGAUAUGUUAUCAAAGAAUUUGGCGAUUGGUUUCUCAAGCGCGUGGCAGAAGACAUGGUUGAUGAACUUGAUGAAGAAGAUUCUAAUAAUAAAGAUACCAUCAAUCAAAAUCCAAUUGCAGAAAUCACUGAAGAAGUUUCAGUUGGGCCUGAUGUUCAAGCAGCAUCCGGGUGUGAGUUGAUUUGUUCACAUGUCGAUACUGAUCAACAAGAAGAUGACAUUGAAUCGAAUGAGUUCCUUUUUGUGGAGACAAAAAGCAAACAAUCACUUGAGGAAGAACAAGAAUUUGUUGAGAAAGUUCCUGGUUUAGAGAUUCCAACAAUAACAAUAUCACCAACGGAUUCAGAAGUAAUUAGAAGGCCAUGUCCAAGUCCAUUGGAUAUCCCUCUACAUGAAUCACAUUCACAUGAGUUGGUGGAUGAACAAAACAUGGUAGAACCAUGUUUGAUGAACCAACAACACCUACUUGGAGAAACUGACAUUACCUUUAAAUCUCUUCAGGGAAAUAAUUUUCUCAAAGAAACGGAGGAUCAAGCCAUUCAAAAGGAUUCUACAUCAGAGAAAACUGUAAAAGAAACUCUGUCCACUGAUUCAGAAACAAGAAGCACAUCACUAGGACCAUUACUUCCUCCUCAAGAGAAGAGUAUUAAGAGAAGUGUUGAAGGAGCUACAUCAGCGAAUUCUAUGACACCAACAUCUUCAACUCAUUCAGAAUCAGUUAGUUCAUUACCAGGAACAUUAGUUACUUCUGAGCAUAAAACACAUUCGCCGGUAAGCUUAUUGUAUGCAAAUGAGCAUUCAAAUAUGUUCCUCUGCUUAAACCUAAUGCUGCCAUGUUUCCAAAUCAUUAAUUGCACCAAGGGAUUGGAUUUAAAAGAAUCCAUGUUUGAAACAACUUUGAUGGAAGAAGAAGAAUUGAGGUGUUGA